AUGGGCAAGCCGGCGUCGAACGCCAUGCGUGUUUGUGGUCAUCAUUUUCUAGCGUCAGAUUACUUUCCAGGAGCUGACCAGAAGAAAGUGAAGCGACUCAAACUUACGGCCAUCCCAUCUCAAAACCUUCCAGUCAGACAGCAUGACAAAGUCUUGAGUGUUGAGGCCAAGGAGAAGCAAGAGGGGCGGUCGAGGAGAAGAGAGAAAAGGGCAGCUGCUAGGCCCAGGCCCUCCUCACCACCUCCACCCUUUGAAGAAGCAAAUCUAGCAAACAAUGAUGCUCAGAAAGAUAACGGACAGAAUGAAGACGACGCAGCACAAUCAAACGAAGAACCUAAAUCCAAAGAUGUAUCUUGUCAGAGAGACCCUUCGAAAUGUGACUGCAAAAUGACAGAGAAGCCAAAGGAACCAAAGCCAGUUGUGACAGUUGUUGAUGUUUUGUCAGAUAAGGAAAAGUUGAAGAACUUCACCGGGUUACAUUCGUUUGAGUUACUUGAAGCCUUAGUAACUUGUGUUAGUGAUCUAAUUGGUGACAAAAAAGACAAAAAAGAAAUGUGUUUAAAGCACAGAAUCAUACUAGUCUUUAUAAAAUUGAAACUAAAUUUGUCAUUUACCUCAUUAUCAAUAUUGAUGGGAGUGUGCCGUCAGACUUGCUCAAAUUAUUUUAAAGAACUAGUGCCUCUCUUGCGCAUUGUACUGGAGACAAUGAUUUCGUGGCCUGACCAUGAAGUAAUUAGAUCCAAUAUGCCAAUAGCUUUUAAAAAUUAUAGGAAUACCAGAAUAGUUUUAGACUGUGCAGAGACACCUAUUGAGAAAUCUAAGUGUUUAAAGUGUAGAAUAUUGACAUGGUCAAAUUACAAGGGAAGGCAAACAGCUAAAUUUGAUGUUGGUGUUGCCCCCUCAGGAUUGAUAACACACAUAAGUCAAACAUAUGGAGGCAGGGCAUCAGACAAACUAAUUGUUAAUGACAGUGGGAUUUUGGACAAAUUAAUUUACCAGGAUGCUGUAAUGGCAGACAAGGGAUUCAAAAUUGAACAGGAAUGUUUGAUGAGGAACCUAAUACUUCAUAGACCACCCUUUGUUUACCAAAAAAAACAAAUGAUUAGAGCUGAGGCACUUAGGUGUGCUGAAAUAGCAAGAGCUAGGGUGCAUGUUGAGAGAGUUUUUAUGUGA